UUCCGAUUUGCCAGCAGGUCGUGGCUGUAAGAAUGUAGGCCCAGGCCUGGGAGGAGCGGCGUGAGGUGUCCUUUUUGUUUGUGGGGGCGGGGAUCGGAUUCUCACCCCUUACAUGUGUCGUGCCGUUUCCUCUCCUCAAGGAGUUGUGCUGGACAUAUGCGUGGGCAAAACUGGACGCGAGUCCUCAAAAUCCUGACGUUCACAAUAUGUGAACCACUUUGGUGCAAUGGCAGGUGAAUCAAAAGCUACAAGUAAUCCGUUGGAACAGUUCAUUUUGUUGUCUAGGAAUGCCAAAGGUUCAGCAUUGACAACCCUUAUUAACCAAGUUCUGGAGGCCCCUGGGGUUUUUGUAUUUGGUGAACUUCUGGAAACACCUAAUAUACAGGAGCUGGCUAAUGGAUCACAUGCUGCCUAUUUUGAAUUGUUGAAUCUAUUUGCAUAUGGAACAUAUCCAGACUAUUUAGCAAAUAAGGGGAAUCUGCCUGAAUUAACAUUAGCUCAGAAGAACAAGCUGAAACAUCUCACCAUAGUAAGCUUGGCUGCAAGAAUGAAGUGCAUUCCUUAUUCCAUGCUUCUGAAAGACCUUGAUAUAAAAAAUCUCAGAGAACUGGAGGAUUUAAUUAUUGAAGCAAUUUAUACAGAUAUAAUACAAGGCAAACUUGAUCAGCGCAAUCAGCUACUAGAGGUUGACUUUUGCAUCGGCAGAGAUCUCCAAAAGCAAGACAUCAGCAACAUUGUUAAAACUCUUCAUGAAUGGUGCGAUUGUUGUCAAGCAGUUCUAUUAGGGAUUGAACAGCAAGUCCUUCGUGUAAAUCAGUACAAAGAGGGCCACAGAAAAACUCAGCAGCAGGUAGAAACAGAGGUGGCAAAUAUAAAGAAGACUUUGAAGGCAACUGCUUCUACCUCAGCACAAGAUCCUGAUCAGCAUCCUAUGGAUCGUGAUACUCCACAGCUUGUUGAACAACGUCCAUCAAUAAAGAAAUUGUCAAAAGCUAAGAGUUUAUCAUCUAGUCGUCAUUAGAACAAUAUAUUUUCAGAAUUAUCCAGGACUCUUAAGAAAACUGAGAAGAAAUGAAAAUACAAUGAACAGUGCAAUUCGUCUCAUAAACAACACUUGAAAAAGAUUAAGUAACUUUUCCUGUGCUUUUGAAAUCUUUUUGUAAUAUAUAGUUUUUUUUUUAGUAGGAAUCUCAGGUGACUACUGAAUCAGACUUUCUUAUUAAAGAGACAAGUUACAAACUGACUUCUGAAGUGAUGUACAUGCAAUAAAGCUUAAUUAUUCACUUCAGUGAGUGAGAAGCCAAAAUGGUAUGGUGUAGGCACAAUACUACAAAAAUUACUCUGCUGUGGUUAAAACAUCUCUAGUAUUGGUAGGUUCUGAAAAUACUCUAGUAGGAACAAAUAACAUGUAUUUUAUCAAAGACUUAACGUCAAAUCUUCUGUGCAAUAAUCUCAAAAUGAUGCACUAGAAAAGAGUAAUGACUGCCCAAAAACACAUUAUUAAGAUGAAUAAACAACACAGGGGUUCAUUGUAGUUAAUUGUGUCUUUGACAAUACAGUAAAUAUUUCAAAAAUUUGCUUUGAAUGCCAAUUCUCAAACUGAAGUUGCUAACUGUAAAAACUGGAGACUGCCAUCUGAAGCAAAUUGUUUUUUUUUAAUAAUUAGUUAUUAUUUGGGUACUUUGUGGAUGUGGAAUCAUAUGAGUUCUAUUCCAAAAAUGUGGUUGCUUUUAUUCAUUGAAAACUAAACUAAUUUAUAAAACUGAUUAGAAGUUUAAGAGAUGAUAUUUUGUUAGUGAUUUGUAUCUCAAGUCAUUCUGCCCAGUUCAAUCACUCACCAGGAAAAUAAUUAACUUUGAGAUUUUGCUGGUAGGAAUCAAUAUGAAGCUUAGUAUUGUAUUUAGCACUAAUUAUAAUCUAUCCUGCAAGCAGUGUGCUCACUGGAUUUACUAAAUAUUUAUUUCCUUAACUUUAAUCUGUAAAAGUAAACACACCCUUUCGCUUGGUACGUAAUUCUUAUCAGCAUGAUUGAACUCAUUUUUUCAAUUAGAGUAGACUUCAAUUUAGUGAGUGGACAAAAGGAAUCAGUUAAAUCUAAAAUAAAAUUAGAACGCGUGGAACUACUCAGAAGAUCAGGCCACAUCUACAGGGAGAGAAACAGAAUUAACAUUUUAAGCUGAAGAUGCUGUUCAGAAUAUUCUGUAAUACUAAUAGCCUGGCAGUUUCUGCAAUCAGCUGACUGGUGAAGGAAAUUUAAAUAUAUCUGAGAGAGAUUGUAAUUAAAUAGGGCAGUUAAAACAAAACAUUAUUGAGUUGACAUGUGGCUGCUCAAGACUGCAGUAUCAUACAAGGUCCAAUCUACUCGACCACCCAAUUCUUAUUUUUUUAUUGAUUCUUUCAGUUUCAGAGAAUCUACUGAUUGAAUGUCCUCCGUGACUAACCAUCCACAGCUUUCUGAAGUAGAGUAUUCCAAAAAUUAAGUCUUUUUCAUAAAGAAGUUUCUUUACAUACUGCUGUUAGAAAGGUGACCACUUAGCCUAAGGCUGUUUGCUCACACUUCCAGAUCCUGUGCUGGAGGAAUUAAUCUGAACGCAUGUCAGGUUUCCUCAGAAUCAUCUUUGUCUUUAUGUGAUCACCUCUCAUUUCUAGAUCUCUCUUCUUGUAGCAAUUUGAUCAUUCUGGCUUCCAAUCUAGUACAUCCACACCAUACAGACUCCCAGAUGAAACACACUUGCCUUUUUAGGUAUGGAGGCCAAAAUUACGUGCUUCAAAUGAAGUCUCACCAAAGCAGUGUACAAUCUUAGCAAGAUUUACCUUUGUACUUAACCCAUUGAAAUAAUGGCCAACAUAUUAUAUCCUUCCUCUCCCAAUUACACUCCUUCCCCAAUUUCUUUCCAAAUGUGCAUAUCACAAAGAGUUAAAUAAUCCCGGUCCACUCAUCCUUCCCUGUCUCUAGCGUUUUCCCUUGCAACCAUUAUAAGUGUUGCACCAUUUGGGUACUAAAUAGCUCAUCCAGUUGAGCAGAGGUUCACUUCUCCUCCAAUCUGGUUGUCUACAUUAAAGGUACACAAGGCAAUCUUGUGGAGCACCUGUGUUUUGUCUGCAAUGGGCAUCUCGAGUUACUGGUUGGAUGUUAUUUUAAUUCUCAUUCCCACUUGUGUACAUUAACUGGUCUGUGGUCUGCUUUCUUUAUUGCUAUGGAUAGUCCAAAUGAAAAAUAGAAGCUUUCAACCCAAUGUUCUGAACAUUGAAUUUUCCUUUUUCUGGUAACCCACACACUUUAUGUUCUCCAGUCCACCUAGUUUACUACUUCCUUUGUUCAACUGUCCUGUUCCCUCUCCUCCACUUGGCUCCAUCUGUCCAUCAUUAGCUCUGCACCUGUUACACCCAUCAGCAACAAGGUUAUGCACCCAAAUACUGGAGUUAUUUCUUUCCUCUUCAGUACUGAUGCAGGGUCUUGACCCAAAAUGUCAGUAUACACCUUUUACCUCCACAGAUGCUGCUUGAUCCAUGAGUUCCUAUAGCUUUUUCUUGGUUUCAGCAUCUUCAGUCUCUUUUAUUCUUGUGGCCAAACUAAUGUUUUAUAUAGUUUUACCAUAACCUCUGUGGUUUAGUAUUUUAUUCCCCUUGCUCUGAUUAAAUUAAAGAUUAACUUUAUUUGUCACAUAUACACUUUGUACUUUGAAACAUGCAAUGAAAUGUGUUGUUUGUGUCAAAUCAAAUCAGUGAGGAUUGUAUGCAUAAAACAGGAGCAGAAUUAAGCCAUUUGGCCCAUCAAGUCUGCUCUGCUGAUCCAUUUCCUUUUCAGCCCCUUAAUCUUCUACCUUCUCUGCAUAACCUUCUACACCAUGACUAAUCAAAAACUUAUCAACCUCUGCCUUAAAUACACUGAAUGACCUGGCCUUCACAGUCAUUUGUGACAACGAAUUCCACAGAUUAAUCAUUCUCUGGUGGAAGAAAUUUCUCUUCAUCUCCAUUCUAAAUGGAUGUCCCUCUGUUCUGAGGUUACGCCCUCUGCUCUUAGACUCCCUCACCAUAGGAAACAUCCUCUCCACAUUCACUCUACCUGGGCCUUUCAUCAUUCGAUUAGAUCCCUCUCAUUCUAAAUUCCAGAGCCAUCGAUCGCUCCUGAUAGAAUAAUGCUUUCAUUCCAGAACCAUUCUUGUGAACCUCCUCUGAACUCUCUCCAAUGUCAGCAGAUCUACUCUUACAUAAGGGGCACAAAACUGCUUACCACACUCCAAGUGAGGCCUCACCCGUGUCUUAAUAAAGCCUCAACAUUACAUCCUUGUUUUCAUAUUCUCGCCCAUGUGAAAUGAAUGCUAACAUUGCAUUUGCCUUCCUCACCAUUAAUACAACCUGCAAAUUAACCUUCAGGGAAUCCUACACAAGAACUUCUGCAGUCCUUCUGCACCUUGGAUUUUUGAAUUUUCUCCCCGUUUAGAAAAUAGACUAUGCUUUUAUUCCUUUUACUAAAGUGCAUGACCAUACACUUCUGGGUAGUGUAUUCCAUUUACCACUUCUUCGACAAUUCUCCCAAUCUGUCCAAGUGCUUUUGCAGCCUCCCUGCUUCCCCAACAAUACCUGCCCCUCGUCCUAUCUUCAUCCGCAAACUUAACCAUAAAGCCAUCAAUUCCAUCAUCCAAAUCAUUGAUGUAUAAUCUAAAAAGAAGCAGUACCAACAAUGACCCCUGCGGAACACCACUAGUCACUGGCAGCUAGUGAGGAAAGGCUCCCUUAUUUCUGCUGUUUGCCUCCUACCAAUCAGCCAGUGCUCUAUCCAUGCUGGUAUCUUUAUUAGAAUACCAUAGGCUCUCCUUGUCAAAGGCCUGAAAAUCCAAGUGCACAACAUCCACCGAUUCUCCUUUGUCCAUCCUGCUUGUAAUUUUAUCAAAGAAUUCCAACAGAUUUGUCGAGUAUGAUUUUCUCUUUUUUAAAAAAAAAUGUUCUCAUGUUUGCUUUUAGGUUGGCUUUGCAUUCCUUCUCUGCCACAGUUCUUCAUGGAAUGUAUCUAUCCUGUGCCUUACAAGUUGCUCCCAGAAACUACAGCCACUGCUGCUCUGCUGUCAUCCCUGCCAGUGUUCCCUUCCUGCCAGCUCCUCUCUCAUGCCUCUGUAAUUCCCUGUACUCCAUUGUAAGACUGAUACAUCUGACUUUAACUUCCUCCCUUUCAAAUUACUGGGUGAAUUCUGUCAUAUUAUGAUAACUGCUUCUUCAGGGUUCCUUAACAAAAUCCAGUUCAUUACAUAACACCAAAUCCAGAACAGCUGUUCUCCUAGUGGGCUCAACCAUUAGCUCCUCUAUAAAGCCAUCCUGUAGGCAUUCUACAAAUUCUUCCCCUCUUCCCUGCCUGAUAUUCCCACUCCACCUACAUAUUGAAAUCUCCCAUGACUAUCAUAAUAUUGCCCUUUUGGCAUGCCCUUUUCUAUCUCCCACAGUAAUUUAUGCCCCACAUUUUGGCUACUGUUUGAAGGCCUGUACAUAACUUCCAUCAGGGUCAUUUUACACUUGCAGGGUUCUUAACUCUACCCACAAGGAUUCUACAUCUUCCAAUUCUAUAUCAUCUCUAAGGAUUUGAUUUCACUUUUUACGUAUGGAGCCACAGCACUCCCUCUGCCCACCUACUCCUCCAUAGCAUACCCACAACUUACUCACCCUAACCCCAACCCUAAUUGUACAUCUUUGGAGUGUGGAAGGAAACCUACAUGGUCAUGGGGAGAAUAUUCAAACUCCUUACAGAUAGAGACAGGAAUCGAACCCCAAUCAGUAAUCACUGGCACUGUAGAGCAAUUGUGCUAACCAAUACACUACCAUGCAGAGAAGUAUUUCUGCCUUCUCAACUACCUUAUCUAUCUGUUCUGCCACUCUCAGAAUUCUUGGGCAAGGUCACCAAGGUCCCUUUAUAACUCACUCAGUAUAUUUGCUAAGGUCAUUCCCUUUAUUGUAUAUCUUUGUUUCAUUAAACUUUCUAAAAUGUAUUGCCUCAGAAUUUUUUUCAGAAUUAAAUUCCACCAACUAUUUCUCCACCCACUUUACCUAGCUAAUGAAUAUCACUUGUAGCCAAAGGCUGCUUUCCUCACUGUCAACUGCAAACUUACUAUUCACACCACCUAUGUUCACAUCCAUAUUGUUCAUGUAUAUAACCAGCAGCAAGGCUUAAAAAGCAGUCCCGAUCAUAUCACAAAGCUAGUUUUGGAUCUGCACUCAGUGGUUAUUUUCAGUACCUCCUGUACCUAAUAAACUGGCAAUAUAUGUGUGUGGUCUUCUGCUGCUGCAGUACUUCAGUCUUUGACAUGUUGGACUUUCAGAGAGGCUCUUCUGCACACUCUGUAAACGAAAGACUGUUGUGUCUGAAAAUCCUGGGUGAUCAGCAGUUUCUGAGACACUCAAACACCAACAAUUAUUCCACGGUCCAAUCAUAUUUCUUCUCCAUUCUGAAAUUUGAUCUCAACAGCAACUGAACCUCUUGACGUGUAUGCAUGCUUUUAUGCAUUCACUUGCUGCCACAUGAUUGGCUGAUUAGAUAUUUGCAUUAAUGAGCAUUAACUUUGCUUCAGUAUUCCCCAGUGAAAAGGAUCUUGGCAAUUAUGGGGAUAACUUACAGCGGACUGAAACACUUGAGUGUAUAGACAUUAAGAAAGAGGAUGUGCUGCAGCUUUUGAAAGGUAUUAAGUUAAAUAAGUCACCGGGACCAGACAAGACAUACCCCAGGCUACUGUGGGAAGCGAGGGAGGAGAUUACUGAGCCUCUGGCGAUGAUCUUUGCAUCAUCAAUAAGGACGGUAUUGGAGGGUUGCAAACGUUGUUCCCUUGUUCAAGAAAAGAAGUAGGGAUAACCCAGGAAAUUACAGACCAUUGAGUCUUACUUCAGUGGUGGGCAAGUUGUUGGAGAAGAGGGGCAGGAUUUAUGUGCAUUUGGAGAGACAUAAUCUGAUUAGGGAUAGUCAACAUAGCUUCAUCAAGGGCAAUUCAUGCCUUAUGAACCUGAUUGAAUUCUUUGAGGAUGAAACAAAACAGAUUGAUUAAGAUACAGCAGUGGAUGUAGUGUAUAUGAAUUUCAGUAAGGCGUUUGUUUCCCCCUGCGAGACUCAUUCAGAAAGUAAUGAGGCACGGGAUCCAAGGAGACCUUGUUUUGUGGAUCCAGAAUUGGUUUGCCCACAGAAGGCAAAGGAUGGUUGUGGAUUGUUCAUAUUCUGCAUGGAGGUCGAUGACCAGUGGAGUUCCGCAGUGAUUGAUUCUGGGACCCCUCCACUUUGCGAUUUUUAUAAAUGAUCUGGAUGAGGAAGUAGAAGAAUGGGUUAGUAAGUUUGCUGAUGAUACAAAAGUUGGGGGUGUUGUGGAUAGUCUGGAGGGUUGUCAGAGGUUACAAUGGGACAUCGAUAGGAUGCAGAACAGGGCUGAGAAGAAGCAGAUAGAGUUUAACCCAGGUAAGAGUGAAGUGGUUCAUUUCAGUAGGUCAAAUUUGAAGACAAAACAUAAUAUUAAUGACAAGACUCUUGGCAGUGUGGAGGAUCAGCAAGAUCUUGGGGUCUGCGCCCAUAGGACACUCAAAGCUGCUGCGCAGUUUGGCAGUGUUGUUAAGAAUGCGUAUGGUGUGCUGGCUUUCAUUAACAGUAGGAUUGAGUUCAAGAGCCCUGAGGUAAUGUUACAGCUAUGUAAGACCUUAGUUAGACCCCACUUGGAGUACUGUGUUAAGUUCUGGUCACCUCAUUAUAGGAUGGAUGUGAAUACUAUUGAGAGGGUGCAGAGGAGAUUUACAAGGAUGUUGCCUGGAUUGGAGAGCAUGCCUUAUGAGACAGGUUGAGUGAACUUGGCCUUUUCUCCUUGGAGCAACAGAGGAUGAGAGGUGACCUGAUAAAGGUGUAUAAGAUGAUGAGGGGCACUGAUAGUGUGGAUAGCCAGAGGUUUUUCCCAGGGCUGAAAUGGCUAACACGGUGAGCGUAGUUUUAAGGUGCCUGGAAGUAGGUACAAGGGGGAUGUCAGAGGUAUGUUUUUCACACAGAGAGUGGUGGGUGUGUGGAAUACACUGCCAACAACGGUGGUAGAGGCGGAUACAAUAGCAUCUUUUAAGAGACUCUUCAAAAGGUACAUGGAGCUUCGAAAAGUAGAAGCCUAUGUGGUAGGGCUAUGUGCUGUAGAUUUCUAUGUUUCUAUGUACAGGUGUAACUAAUAAAGUGGUCAUUGUGUGUAAUUUGUCAGAUUGCCC